AUGAAAUGCCAUGCCCAAAAGAACGACAAAUCGACUCCUGCCAAUGCCUCCUCGCGACGGAACACCAUCUCAGAGGGAGUCCCACCUCAGCCUUCCCAGGAUGAUUUCAACAUCAACUCUCCUGGCGCUCUUGCCAACGGACCCCAUACAGGCAUCCCUUUGAUGCAGAUUCUCUCUCCCACUAACUAUCUAUCUCAGACCGGGAAUGAUCAAUCUCAACCUGCCAGACAGUCUUCGAUAGAUGUGUCUAAUCCUUUUCUCGAUGUCUCGUCGAAUCCCAGCAAUGCUCUUUCCAUGCAGCUCCCGGGGUCGGCAUGGACGAUGCCGUCCCCCAUCACCACCCUGAACAACAAGACCUCCAGCGUCUCACAUGGUGUGAAACAGUCUCCAUCGCAGAACAGUGGCGAAGUAUCGACCUUCGAAACUUCGGCCACUAGCCCUCAUAACCAUGGACAGACUCCCAGAUCCGAGAUUGCGCCCAACCAAUUUUCGGACAGCCAUAUCGAGUGGCUGCCUCAGACGGACAAUGCCAGCACCAGCAAUUUUCACGAUCCUUUUCAGAUGUGGUUGUUUCCUUCCCUAGGUGAUUUGGAUCAAUCUCCGGACUUCUUGCAAACCUACGGCAUCCCGGACCCGCAGCAGCCAUACCAAGACUCUAAAGACCUGGUGAAUGGCAGGGCCUACGACCCUGCGGACAGGACCAAGAAUAUCGCCAAGGUCCCUCGAGAACGCUUCUCCAGAGUGCAGCGAUGUUGGAAUCCACGUCCAGGCCGCGUCUACAGGAUUAUGCCAGUUCUCUGGAGAGAAGUGGCUAUAUCGCCAAUGGACAAUCUGUUCUCGGAGUCGCCUGUGGCAGAUGAUUUCCGGACUGCGUCGAACUGGGGUCUCGAUACUGAUUGCAGAGUUCGUUUGAGGGACACAUUCCGCACUCCCGCUCCGUCAACAUACCACUCGCCUAAAUUACAAGCAGUCGUCGAUCCAGCUCUCUCAGCACAACAGCCAGCGAACGAAGAAUUUCCACCCGCUGAGAUCCUCGACAUCGCGUUAGGCCUUUUCUUCCGCCGAUUUCACCCCACUGUCCCAUUUAUCCAUGUUGCGACGUUUUCCGUUCGAAAUACUCCUGCACCUAUGCUAUUCGCCAUAUGUCUUAUUGGUUUGAGCAUUCUGGGCACCACCGGCGCCACCAGGUUUGUGUCGAAAAUGUUUCCCAGCUUUUUACAGCGCGUUUGUAACGAUUUAUCGGCCUGUGCAGGCUGUUCCGCAACUCCGACGCAACAAAUGGUUCUAUUUGCAACAGGUCUGCUGACGCUGAACUUAUCUGUUAUCACCGGUGAUAAAGAUUGUUUUAAUCAGAGUCAGAUGCUUUAUGUCAGUCUGUUGGCUAUGGUCCAGCAGAAUGGGCUGUUUGCGGCCGGCGAUGGGCAGUCUCUCGAUGCGCUCCUGUCCGAAAUGUCCGAGUCUGACGAUCGUUGGAAAGCGUGGAGCCGGAUAGAGUCGGCGAAGCGUCUGAUCCUCGGACUGCUCCUUUGCGAUUCGUGGUUCUCAAACUUGUUGUCAAAGGCACCGAUCGUGAGGUCGGAGUCCGUAUGCGUCGUGGCCCCUUGCGAUGAAGCCCUCUUCCAAGCGAAAUCCGCGACCCAAUGGCAAUCGCUGCUCCGCAGCGGCAAGAGCCAGAGCGCUCCGACAUUCAGGAUUGAGGACCUGCACAAGCACGAUAUGGCGCCAAUUGGGAAGUUAGGGUACCUAGGCCGGUCAUCACUGCUCGCAUUACUUCAAAUUCAAGUUUUGGAAGCCUAUCAACGGCUCAUGCCUCCGGAUCAAUUAACCAUUGGGUCAUACAUACCAUGGCACGUCUAUGCCGGCGAUGCGCGUGCUAGUACACUUGUACCAGCGCUGCUCGCCGCUACUCACACCGCAGGCCCGCUUUCGAAAGUCGACGAUACGAAUUGCAUUGUCCUCUGGCACAGUCUGUGCGUCAUGCUCUUGUCAGAUUUCCGCAUGUUUGAGUUGGCAGCCGGUCGGCAUGGAGCUGCCCCUGCAACUGGUGCAUUGGAGAACAUUUCUCAAUGGAGCCAAACGCAAGCGGCGCGCAGGGCAUGCGUACACGCGGCGCAGAACUUCAAACUCAUGUCGGAGCGCCGAGUCAGCGACAAUGUGACAAUCCACAGCGUGACAGCACUCUUCGCCUCUGCACUCGUACUGGGUUUGUACCUCUUCAUGGUCAACCCGAGCUCGGGUCGGCAGGGCACGGCGCCCGUCGAGCUUAUGGACGCAGAUCCCGACUGGGCCGAGUUGGGUGACAUAGGUUUCAAAGACGAAAGCCUGGACCCGACAGCGGCCGAACGAAAUCUCACCACGAACCGCGAGGACGAGCACUUCAGUUUAGUGUAUCAAUUCGUCAAAUAUGGUGGCGCCUUGUCUUUGGGCGGGGUGGCACACAGUGGUGGAUACGAGGGCGCCAGGCGAGUGUUGUUAGACUUUGCAAACCUGAUGGACGGGAUCAGUGGGAGGAGGCUGAGGACAUUUACACAGGUGCUGCAUAUCAUGAGUGAUGAUUUGAUGAACGUGGAUCCAGCAUUGUAA